UAAACCAUGUAUAUUCUCCGUAUAAAUACUGAAAAAUUGGUAGAAACAAAGAAAGAAAGAAAAUUCAGAAUGGAAAAAGUGUUGUUUGUGCUGAUGGCACUGUGCUUGUGUCAAGGCAGUUUAGGCCAACUCUGUCGUUGCCCACGUGGUGAAAUUUGGAACAAUUGUGCGUCGUGUGAUCCUGAGGCUACUUGUCAAAACAGAAUCCCGGAAGCUCCAGGUAUCUGUCCAGCUGUUUGUCAACAACGUUGUGAAUGUGACUCUAAAAAUGGGUUAAUCCGUGAUCAAAUCUCUGGAGCAUGUGUGCCUAUAGACAAAUGUCCAGGUUGUUCACGGGGAGAAAUAUGGAAUGAAUGUGCCUCGUGUACUCCUGAACCUACCUGCCAAAACAGGACAAGCCAAAUCCCAAAAAUUUGUCCAGAUGUAUGUUAUCCACGAUGCGAGUGCGAUGCUAAUGCUGGAUUUAUAAGAGAUGCAAUUUCUGGACAAUGUAUUCCUCGGGAACAAUGCCCUGGUAAGCGUUGCCCACGUGGCGAAAUUUGGAACAAUUGUGCGUCGUGUGAUCCUGAGGCUACUUGUCAAAACAGAAUCCCGGAAGCUCCAGGUAUCUGCCCAGCUGUUUGUCAACAACGUUGUGAAUGUGACUCUAAAAAUGGGUUAAUCCGUGAUCAAAUCUCUGGUGCAUGUGUGCCUAUAGACAAAUGUCCAGGUUGUUCACGGGGAGAAAUAUGGAAUGAAUGUGCCUCGUGUAAUCCUGAACCUACCUGCCAAAACAGGACAAGCCAAAUCCCAAAAAUUUGUCCAGAUGUAUGUUAUCCACGAUGCGAGUGCGAUGCUAAUGCUGGAUUUAUAAGAGAUGCAAUUUCUGGACAAUGUAUUCCUCGGGAACAAUGCCCUGCAGGUCAGUGUGGCCCACUAGAAGUUCUUAAUGAAUGUGCAUCACCGUGUGCUCCCGAGCGAACUUGCCGAAAUCAAUCUCCCGAUGUUCCCGAUUCAUGUAUACUUCCUUGCGAACAAAGAUGCGAAUGUGAUGAAAAACGGGGAUUAAUAAGAGAUGAGGAAACCGGCAAAUGUAUUGAUAUCAGAAAAUGUCAAGCAGGUCAUUGUGGCCCACUAGAAGUUUUUAAUGAAUGUGCAUCACCGUGUGUUCCCGAGCGAACUUGCCAACGUCAAUCUCCCAUUGGCCCCGACGCUUGUAUCCUUUCUUGUGAACAAAGAUGCGAAUGUGAUGAAAAACAGGGAUUAAUAAGAGAUGAGGAAUCCGGCAACUGUAUUGAUAUCGGAAAAUGUCAAGGCAGAUGUGGCCCAUUGGAAGUAUUUAACGAGUGUGCGUCGCCUUGUCUUCCGGAGCGAACUUGCCAAUAUCAAUUUCCAGUUGCACCAAAAGUCUGUAUACUUUCAUGUGAACAAAGAUGUGAAUGUGAUCGAAAUCAGGGAUUGAUAAGAGAUAAACAAUCUGGAGAAUGUAUUGACAUUGGAAAAUGCGAAGACAGAUGCAGUAGAAAUCAAUUUUGGGGAUGCAGACGAUGUUGUCCAGAAGCAACUUGUGACAAUCCCAAUCCUCCUCCAUGUUCAAGACCAUGUCCUAAAAUAUGUAUAAACGAAUGUUUGUGUAACAAAGGUUACGUAAGAAACACCAGAACCGGAGAAUGUGUCUUAUCAAGGCAGUGCCCGAGACUUGUGGGAUAAUCUCAACUUGAUACAAGAUAAAAACUAAAAAUGUGUAUUCGUUCCGUAAUUAAAAAAUUAAUGUCAAUAAAGAGAAAUGUAACUGCU